AUGUCGGAACAAGAAAAAAAGAGUGGUGAGAGUGCUAUCAGUAGUUCCAUGGUCAUGGUGGAGAAGACGACUGGCAGCCGCCACAAACAGCUUUUUCGACCCAACGAUCUGCAAGAAGACUCUGAAAUUCACCAUAAACGUCCAAAAACACCUUUAGUACCUUCUGUAGAAGAAGAACUAAAAAAUUUAACAGAAGAUUCAACUCUUCCUGAAAAUGUCACUCUUCCUGAGUAUGCAGAAAUUAAGGAGCGAAUGGAAUGUGAGAAUGCAGUUAUUGUUGAUUCUGACAAACAUAAACAAAGCGUUGCAAAAAAAUUGUCGUCUAGGAUGGAAAGGCGGGAAAAUUCACCCGAGUCCAUUACAUUAGCUCCUAUAGAAGUGGAUAGUAAGAUAGGUGCAGCUAUAUCUUUACCACAACCAUCCGAAAAAGAACCUGACGAAGACAGCGUCAAUAAAGAAAUUGCAGAACUACACACUCCUGAGAUGGCAAUAAAACACUCUGAAUGGUCUGACGAUGAGGAAGCGGGCGGGCUGCCGCGUAGCGACUCGCGCUCGUCUCGCGUCUCCCGCAUGGUACGGCAGUUCUUUUGUUGCGGACUCGCUUAUGAAGCACCCUCUGAGGAUAACGUCUCAACACAUCGUGCCUAUGGACAAGGCAUA